GAUUCUUUAGUUUUGGCAAAGAACUUAGAAGAUUGCUCCUUCGAGGACUCUUCGAAGGUUAUUCUCACAACUAAUGAUACAGGCAUGUACAGCAAAAUCCCAGUAUUCCUGACAGGGCUCUGCUUCCUGUUGCUUCAACUCACUUUUUGCAGUGGGAGUCGGAUUCUGGUAGUACCCGUUGAUGGCAGCCACUGGAUCAACAUGGAGGUGAUCCUCCGAGAGCUGCACUCCAGAGGCCACAGCAUCACUGUGGUGCGCUCUACCAAGAGCUGGUACAUUCCUGGUAACUCCUCCAUUUAUACUUCUGUUAACGUGAGCAUGCUGGAGGAUGAGUCAGACAAGAACUAUUAUAAUAGAAUGCUACAAGAUGUUAUGGAAUGCCGCAAGUCGCUGACUUUUAUACGUACCUUCUGCCAAAACCACUUGAUUACAUCCAUGUUGGCAAAGGGCCAUGUGAUCCUUGCCAGAGCAGCUGCUACAAUGUUGGAUGACCCUGUUUUUAUGAAGAAGAUGCAGGAUGCCAAGUUUGACUUAAUGUUAACGGACCCUGCUCUGACUAUAGGAGUCCUUUUGGGUAGUUACCUCAAGCUGCCAGUGGUUUUCAAUGUGCGCUGGAUUAAUACUGGGGAAGGCCAUUUCACCAUAGCUCCCUCUCCUGUCUCCUAUGUCCCCGUGCCAGGAAGUGAACUUCAUGAUCAGAUGGAUUUUCUGGAAAGGACCAUGAAUGUGUUACAUUAUCUCUACAGUGUUGUUGAGCAGCACUUUAUCAUUAACGCUGCCUACUCAGAUCUGCUCCGGCGGCACUUCCCUCCUGGAACUGACUUGUUGUCUUUGGAGCGUGAAGCUGAUAUCUGGCUGGUGAGGACAGAUUUUGUCUUUGAGUUCCCUCGACCAACCAUGCCCCAUGUAGUCUACAUAGGGGGGUUCCAGUGCAAAAAGGCUAAACCCCUCCCUGCUGAGCUGGAGGCCUUCAUGCAGAGUUCUGGGGAGCAUGGGGUGGUGGUCAUGUCUCUGGGGACGUUUGUGUCAGCCCUGCCUCGUGAUGUCACAGAGGCCAUUGCUGCUGCUUUUGCUCAGCUCCCUCAGAAGGUGGUGUGGAGGUUUGCAGGUGAAAAGCCUUCAUCCCUGGGGAACAACACGCUGCUGGUGGACUGGCUGCCUCAAAACAACAUCCUGGGACACCCCAAGACUCGUGCCUUUGUGGCCCAUGGAGGCACCAAUGGCAUUUAUGAGGCCAUCUACCAUGGUGUUCCUGUUCUGGGCUUGCCGCUCCUCUUUGACCAGUUUGACAACCUACUCCGGCUAAAGGUGCGCAGGGCAGCUCGGGUGUUGGAGGCCAAAUCGCUCACCAAAGAAGACUUCCUUGAGGCUCUAACGGACAUCCUAGAGACACCGUUGUACCGAAACAACAUUCAGCAUCUCUCCCAGCUACACCGAGAUAAACCAAUGUCUCCUAUGGACACUGCCAUCUUUUGGAUUGAGUACGUCAUUAGGAACAAAGGAGCAGCCCAUUUGAAGUCAGCAGGUUUUAGUUUGCCUUGGUACUCCUACUUUUGCCUGGAUGUGGCUCUCUUAAUAAUGGCCCUCAUCGGAGCCCUUGUCUGGGCUUCAUCCUUAGUCUGUAGGGUUGUCUGCUGCCGGAGGUUCAGGAGAAAGAUAAAAGCAGAGUGA